CAUUAGGACUAGCUCGACAGUGGUGUGAAGAUGGCGGCGUACAGUCGCACUCAGCUGCUGCUGCUGCUGCUGCUGUUAUCAUUACUGUGUCUCUGCGGCUCCGGCUCCGUCCUCGGCUUGAAGGCUGCCAGCGGCCCGGCCGAGCCGCCCAACCCGCCCGUCCUCAGAGUCGCUGAUCCCGCGGUCAAGGAUGCACCUGCCGCCGCCGCAGCCGCCGCCGCCGCCGCCGCUGGGGCCUCGCAGCCUCGAAGGGCGACCGUUUGGAAGCUGUCGGAGGAGGAGGCCUGCCGGGAGGACCUGACCCGCUUCUGCCCCAAACACACCUGGACUAACAACCUGGCCGUGCUGGAGUGCCUGCAGGACCGCAGAGAGGAAACAGAGAUUGCUCCUGACUGUAACCAUCUCCUGUGGAACUACAAACUCAAUCUGACCACAGAUCCAAAGUUUGAGUCGGUGGCCACAGACGUCUGCAAGAGCACCAUCGCCGAGAUAAAGGAGUGUAAUGAGGAGGAGCGAGGCAGAGGCUACCUCGUAUCGUGCCUGGUGGAUCACCGCGGCAACAUCAGUGAGUACCAGUGUAAUCAGUACAUCACCAAGAUGACGAGCAUCAUCUUCAGCGACUACAGACUGAUCUGCGGCUUCAUGGACAAAUGUAAGGAAGACAUCAACAACCUGCACUGCGGCAGCAUCAACGUAGGACACAAGGAUGUCCACUCCCAGGGUGAAGUGAUCGCCUGCCUGGAGAAGGCGUUGGUAAGGGAGGCGGAGAAUCAGGAUCAUGUUCACCCGAUCAAAGAGGACUGUCAGAGGGCGAUCCUGCGGGUGGCGGAGCUGUCGUCAGACGACUUUCACCUCGACCGUCAUCUUUACUUCUCCUGCCGAGACGACCGCGAGAGAUUCUGUCAGAACACUCAGGCAGGAGAAGGGAAAGUCUACAAGUGUCUGUUCAAUCACAAGUUUGAAGAGGCCAUGUCAGAAAAGUGUCGUGACGCUCUGACCACCCGUCAGAAGCUGAUCUCUCAGGACUACAGAGUCAGUUACUCUCUGGCUAAAGCCUGUAAGCUGGACCUGAGGAAGCAGCGCUGCAGCCUGGACACCAACCUGCCGCGAGCCCGCGAGGCACGGCUGUCGUACCUGCUGCUGUGUCUGGAGGCUGCUGUGCACCGCGGUCGUCCUGUCAGCGGGGAAUGUCAGGGGGAGAUGCUGGACUACCGGCGGAUGCUGAUGGAGGAUUUCUCUCUGAGUCCGGAGAUCGUUCUGCACUGCCGGACGGAGAUCGAGGCGCACUGUUCCGGCCUGCACCGCAAAGGCCGCACGCUGCACUGCCUGAUGAGAAUCGGACGCGGCGACCGCGGUACCACCAUCGACAGCGUCUGCCAGAGCGCCCUACAGACUUUGAUCCAAUCUGCCGACCCCGGAGCCGACUACCGGAUUGAUCGAGCACUGAACGAGGCCUGUGAGUCCGUCAUCCAGACCGCCUGCAAACACAUCCGCAACGGAGACCCAAUGAUCCUAUCGUGCCUGAUGGAACAUCUGUACACAGACAAGAUGGUGGAGGACUGUGAACACCGACUGUUGGAGCUGCAGUAUUUCAUAUCCAGAGACUGGAAACUGGACCCCAUCCUGUAUAAGAAGUGUCAGGGCGACGCUGCUCGACUGUGCCACACGCACGGCUGGAACGAGACCAGCGAGCUGAUGCCACCGGGCGCCGUCUUCUCCUGCCUCUACCGCCACGCCUACCGCACCGAGGAGCAGGGACGCCGGGUGAACCCAGACGAGCAGUUAUCUCGGGACUGUAAGGUGGAGGUUCAGAGGAUCCUCCACCAGAGGGCGCUGGAUGUGAAGUUGGACCCUGAGCUUCAGAAACGCUGCAUGACCGACCUCGGCAAGUGGUGCAGUGAGAAGACGGACACAGGACAGGAGCUGGAGUGUCUGCAGGAUCAUUUGGAGGACCUGGUGUCUGCCUGCAGAGACGUCGUGGGCAACCUCACCGAGCUGGAGUCAGAGGAUAUCCAGAUCGAUGCUCUCCUCAUCAGAGCCUGUGAGCCCGUCACCCAGGCGCACUGCCAUGAUGUAGCUGAUAACCAGAUCGAUACAGGGGAUCUCAUGGAGUGUUUGGUUCAGAAUAAACACCAGAAGGAGAUGAACGAGAAGUGUUCAGUCGGCGUUACACACUUCCAGCUGGUUCAAAUGAAGGAUUUCCGGUUCUCCUAUAAGUUCAAAAUGGCCUGUAAGGAGGACGUUCUCCGGUUGUGUCCAAACAUCAAGAAAAAGGUGGAUGUAGUCAUCUGUCUCAGCACCACGGUGAGGAACGACACGCUGCAGGAGGCGAAGGAGCAGCGGGUUUCACUGAAAUGUCGUAAACAGCUGCGGGUGGAGGAGCUAGAGAUGUCGGAGGACAUUCGAUUGGAACCAGAGUUGUACGAUCCCUGUAAGUCGGACAUCAGUCGUCUGUGUCCCAACGUGGCCUUUGGUAACGCUCAGAUGAUCGAGUGUCUGAAGGAGCAGAAGAAGCAGCUCAGUCAGCGCUGCCACCAGCGGAUCUUCAGGCUGCAGGAGGUGGAGAUGACCGACCCUGAGCUCGACUACCAGCUGAUGAGAGUCUGCAAGCAGAUGAUCAAGCGGUUUUGUACCGACGCGGACGCCAGAAACGUCCUUCAGUGUCUGAAACAGAACAAAAACAGUGAGCUGAUGGAUCCAAAAUGUAAACAGAUGAUCACCAAGAGACAGAUCACACAGAACACAGACUACAGGUUGAACCCGGUGCUGAGAAAAGCUUGUCGAGCAGACAUCCCAAAGUUCUGCCAGCCCAUCCUGAACAAGGCGAGCGAGGACAGCGAGCUGGAGGGUCAAGUCGUCGCCUGCCUCAAACUCAAAUACGCCGACCAGAGGUUGUCUCCAGACUGUGAAGACCAGAUAAGAGUAAUUCUCCAGGAGUCAGCGCUCGAUUACAGACUGGACCCACAGCUGCAGAUGCACUGCUCAGAUGAGAUCUCCAGGUUGUGUGCGGAGGAGGCAGCAGCUCAGGAGCAGACCGGUCAGGUGGAAGAGUGUCUGAAAGUGAACUUGCUGAAAAUCAAACAGGACGGCUGUAAAAAGGAAGUCCUAAACAUGCUGAAGGAGAGUAAGGCGGACAUCUUUGUGGACCCGGUCCUCCACACAGCCUGCGCUCUGGACCUCAAACACCACUGUGCUGCCAUCACACCUGGCAGAGGGCGACAGAUGUCGUGUCUGAUGGAGGCAUUACAGGACAAGAGAGUGCGUCUGCAGCCUGAGUGUAAGAAAAGACUUCAAGACCGCAUCGACAUGUGGAGCUACGCUGCAAAGGUGGCGCCAGCAGAGGGCUUCUCAGACCUGGCUGUGCAGGUGAUGACAUCUCCCUCCAAGAACUACAUCCUGCUGAUGAUCACACUGAGCGUGUGCGUCCUCUUCCUGGUGGGGCUGCUGUGCGGUCGGAUCACCAAGCGAGUGACAAGAGAACUGAAGGACCGGUAGAGGACAAGCGCUCAGACACAAGACGGACUCCUCGCACCUCCCCCCUUUCUCUUCUCCCUCUUCCUCCUUCUCCUCCUCUCAGAUGCCCGGCCCGUAACCAGCCAACUUGCCAGUGCCAACGCCAGUUCCCCCAUCUGGAGCUCCUCCUGUUUAUUGGCUGCUGUAAAAUAUUUGCAUCAAAUGCAAAAUAGCCCC